AAAAACUUCGCGAGAAAUUACCGCUCAUUGCUCAUUGCCGAGAGGCUGAGGACUUAGCGGAACCGCCUCGCCUUGCAGUCGCGGACUCCUACUUUCUUCUUCUCCUCACCGCCUCGGCGCCCAUUUCCACAGCUCUUCAAACAAGGAUUUCAAAGCCCCAUACUCCUCUUCUCAUGGAUUUGCAGCACAGCGACUUCGAUCGCUUACUUUUCUUUGAGCAUGCCCGUAAGAGUGCCGAAGCUACUUACGCCAAAAAUCCCCUCGAUGCCGAUAAUUUGACGAGAUGGGCGGGAGCUUUGUUAGAGCUAUCUCAGUUUCAGAGUGUUUCAGAAUCGAAGAAGAUGAUUUUAGAUGCAAUAUCAAAGCUGGAGGAGACACUGUUGAUUAACCCCAAGAAGCAUGAUGCUCUCUGGUGUUUAGGAAACGCUUAUAAUUCCCAGGCAUUUUUGAACCCAAACCAGGAGGCGGCAAAUGGUUUUUUUGAUAAGGCCUCAACAUACUUUAAACAAGCUUUGGAUGAGGAUCCUGGAAAUGAACUUUAUAUGAAGUCCUUGGAGGUGACUUUUAAGGCCCCAGAAUUGUAUGCAGAGAUCCAUAAGCACGGUUUUGCUCAACAGGAAACUGCAACGGCUGAACCUUCUACUUCAUCCAGUACAAAGACAUCAAAGAAAAAGAAGAGCAGUGAUCUCAAGUAUGACAUAUUUGGAUGGAUAAUACUUGCUGUUGGCAUAGUUGCUUGGGUCGGGUUUGCGAAGUCUCACGUGCCACCCCCGCCACCAGCCCGAUAAGUCGCCGUGUUAGACGUUUGGAAGUCUUAAGGCAUUUAUCAGAUUUAGAGCUGAUAUCUGUAGAGAUGAGAAUUACAUAUCAAUCAUCUGUUUUUUUUUCGGUUAAUGUUAUUUUUAUAAAUUUUAUCAUCAUUUUGAGUCGUUUCGUUGUCUUUUUUCUGCGGUAUGACUGAUGAAUAAGUUGAUAUUGAAUCCUGUGUAGAGGGGUUCUGUUUGGGAAUUCUGCCUAAUUAUUUGUUAACUAUUUGGUGAUGAUUUGAAGUUGUUGGUAGGAUAGGAAGGAAAAUGGUGAUUUUGUUGCUUAUUUGUAUUGAA